AUGGGCAAAAAGGACAAGAAGUCCGCCGAGCACAAGGCGCGCGUUGCUGCCAAGCAAACAAAGAAAGGCGACAAGAAGGAAAAGAGAUCCAAGGCCAAGGGCAAAGAUGCAGACAGCGAUGCCGAAGACGCUGAUCUUGAUGCCAUUCUGGCCCAGUACGCCGAGGAACAAGCCAAGUUCUUGAAGGUCACAGAAGUUACCUCUGAGCCUCCUGUUCCUCGGUCUUCUUCAACGGUGCUGGCAUCGCCGUCUAACCGGAAUGAGAUUAUGCUUUUUGGUGGAGAAUUCUUCGACGGCACGCAUGCCUCAUUCUUUAACAACCUUUUCGUCUAUUUGAUUGAUCGUGGCGAGUGGAGGGAGGUGAAUAGUCCCAACAGCCCCCUUCCUCGCAGUGGACAUGCAUGGUGUCGUGGUGGAAACACCGGAGGUAUCUAUAUGUUCGGAGGAGAGUUCUCGUCCCCUAAACAGGGUACUUUCUACCACUACAAUGAUUUCUGGCAUCUGGACACUGCCACCAGAGAAUGGACUCGUCUCGAGACCAAGGGCAAAGGUCCCCCUGCUAGGAGUGGUCACCGCAUGACCUAUUUCAAGAAUUAUAUCAUUUUGUUCGGUGGAUUCCAGGAUACUUCCCAACAGACCAAGUACCUGCAGGAUCUGUGGAUCUAUGAUUGCCAGCAGUACACCUGGUCCAACCCUACAUUGACCACUUCCCAAAAGCCAGACCCACGCUCAUCAUUCUCACUGCUACCACAUGAAACCGGAGCCGUUCUCUAUGGCGGUUACUCCCGUGUGAAAGCAUCAGCAGGAGGUGGUGGCAAGCAAGGUAAGGGUCCUCAGAAGAUGGCUCUCCGGCCUAUGGUCCACCAGGAUACCUGGUUUUUGAGAGUCACACCGCCCGCACCGGAGGCACCAGCAUCAACAGGCCCCGCAAUUAGAUGGGAGCGACGAAAGAAGCCCGCUAACACGCCCAACCCGCCGCGUGUUGGUACCACCAUGGCAUACCACAAGGGCCGUGGUAUCAUGUUCGGUGGUGUGCACGAUGUGGAAUUGACCGAGGAGGGUAUUGAUUCCGAAUUCUUUGAUACCCUCUUCGCAUGGAACACCGACCGAAACCGUUUCUUCCCUCUCAGUCUGCGCCGUCCUCGCGCACCUGGCAAGAAGCAGCAGGCGAACCAGGCUGCCAAGACUAAGAACAGGGGUAAGGCUGAUGAGGAGGAGCUUUUGGCAAAUCUUAAGGCUUUGGAGGCUAAGGUUGGAGUUCGGGGUGAUGAUGACGAGGACGAGGAAUUGUCUACCCCUCAGCCUGAAGAGCCUGUUGAACCGUCCAAGCCUUCAGUUGUUCGCUUUGAAAUGCCACAUAGGCGUUUCAACGCUCAGUUGGCUGUGCAAGAUGAUACGCUCUUCAUUUUUGGUGGUACAUUCGAAAAGGGUGACCGGGAGUUCACCUUCGAUGACAUGUAUUCCAUUGACCUGGUCAAGCUGGAUGGUGUCAAGGAGAUCUUCUACAGGGAGCCAGAGAACUGGAACUUGUUGAAGGAGGAAGACAGUGACGAAGACAUGGAUGAUGAAGAGGACGACGAAGAAAUGGAUGAAGAUGAAGAAAAGGCCGACGAAAUGUCUCUUGAUGCUUCGCCUGCUCCAGAAGAUGCGGCCGCAUCUGUCACUAAGGACCUGGAGCAGCUCGAGGUUGAGGAGUCAGAAGAGCCCAAUGUCAAUGACAGCAGACCUCUGCCUCGUCCAUUCGAGAGCUUGCGCGAAUUCUUCAGUCGUACAUCUGAAGAUUGGCAGAAUAUCAUGAUGGAAAUCGCCAAGGAGAGAGAUCAGGCCAGCGAGAAGACGAUCAAGGAACUGCGCAAGGCAGCGUUCUCUAUGGCCGAAGAGAAAUGGUGGGAUAGCAGAGAAGAGAUCAUGGCUCUGGAGGAUGAGCAAGAGGCUGCAGGCAUUGGUGAGGUUGUCAGCAUGUCUGAUCGCACUGAGAACGCGGGAGGAGCUGGUCGUCGCCGUUGA